UUUUCAUCUCAAUCUCCUUUUUUUUUUUUUCUCUCUUGGCUAAAUAGGUGCGUUCUUAUGAUACCUACUGGAUCUAACUUCUAAGUUUAGACAAGUGGAAAAACUUUUGUCCUCCACUCACCUUGGCUCUGAGCUGCUGGGGUUCAGUUGGUCACCAGGACUGCUGGCUGUCAUGCUAGCAGCACGACUUCUUUUACGAUGGCCUCUUCUGUGGUUAUAUUUCACCACGUUGCCUAUGGGAAGCUCAUUCCCUGGUUGCUAAGGCAACCGAGGAGGAUGGUCCCCUGCAGGAUCGGGGAAAGCCUUGGGCGGCCUUUCAGUGCAUCGCUGCACUGCACGCCUGCUGACCCAUUGCUCACUGAAAGGAGGAGGAGCCAACUUUGCAGCAGAGCUGUUACCAACCCAGCGUGGGUCCUGCUACUCCACCGCCACACCGUGAGACUGAGCUCCAGCGGCAGAGCCGGUGCUCCCCUCUGCCCCUCACUUCACAGCUCAGACUCGCUCUGCUCUUAUAGUAACAGGAGCUCAGGUAUUAGGAUGUCAUCUUCCAACUCCAACAGUGAUGGACAGGGGAAGCCUAAACCUAAAUCCCAGAUUCCAAAGAGAGGAAGCCCACAGAGCAACACCAGCCCUGACAUCUGUGGCGUUUCUGGACCCAAGACCCUCAAGCCCCAGAGAUCCCUCCCAGGAACACCAGUUUCUCUUUCGCAGCUCCCAGUCGAUUUGCGGGCAUCAAUGGAGGAGAAGUACAAGGAGCUUGCUGAGGAGCUGUUCACACGCAGCAUGGCUGAGAGCGAGAUGCGAAGUGCCCCCUAUGAGUUCCCAGAGGACAGCCCCAUCGAGCAGCUUGAGGAACGGCGACACCGCCUGGAGAGACAAAUAAGUCAAGACAUUAAGCUUGAGCCAGAGAUCUUACUGCGUGCCAAACAGGACUUCAUGAAAAUCGACAGUGCUGCAGACCUUGAGUUGAUGAAAGAGAAAAGUGUAGACACGGUUGAUGUGGGCUUUAAGGAGCGGGAAAUGCCGAUGGAAAGAGAGUACCAGCGGGUCUCAAUCUCUGGGGAAGAGAAAUGUGGGGUGCCGUUCACUGACUUGGUAGAUGCUGCCAAAUGUGUGGUGAAGGCUUUAUUAAUCCGGGAAAAAUACAUCAACCGUUCCAUGCAGAAUUUUUGUAAGACCGCAGCUCACGCCCUGCAGGACCUUGGGACAAACUCUCUGGAUCUGCGAGUUUAUGAUGAUGUACCAGAGACCCCUGUAGAUGCAGAUGCCCCUUUUCACCCACCUGCUUCAGAGACACAUCCAUAUGAAAAUCAGGAUCCCAAGAGUAUGCCAGCAGACACAGGAUACGGUUGUAAGAUGGUUGAUGGGGUCAUACAUGUCUUCAACAAGAAAACAAACAUGGAUAAAAGCACAGAACUGGACUUGCCAUAUCCUGACCUGAAGGAGUACUUGGCAGACACAAAUGUAAUGAUGUCCCUCAUUAUCAAUGGUCCAGUGAAAUCUUUUUGCUACCGCCGUCUACAGUACUUGAGCUCCAAAUUUCAGAUGCACAUCCUUCUGAAUGAGUUAAAGGAGCUGGCAGCUCAAAAGAGGGUCCCUCACAGAGAUUUCUACAACAUCCGAAAGGUGGAUACUCACAUACACGCAUCAUCCUGCAUGAACCAGAAGCAUCUUCUGCGAUUUAUCAAGAAAGCCAUGAAAAAAUACCCUGACGAGAUAGUUCAUGUAGAGCGGGGACGCGGUCAGACCCUGCGAGAUGUUUUUGAGACCAUGAACCUGACAGCGUACGAUCUGAGUGUAGACACACUGGACAUGCAUGCGGAUCGAAACACAUUUCAUCGGUUUGAUAAGUUCAACUCCAAAUACAACCCGAUUGGAGAGUCUAUCCUCAGAGAGAUCUUCAUCAAGACAGACAACUACGUGGAAGGAAAAUACUUUGCACAUAUAGUUAAGGAGGUGAUGUAUGACUUGGAAGAGAGUAAAUACCAGAACUCUGAGUUACGACUGUCCAUCUAUGGACGCUCCAGAGACGAAUGGGACAGGCUGGCAGAGUGGGCUGUGAAGCAUAGAGUGUACUCUGAUAAUGUGCGCUGGCUCAUUCAGGUGCCCCGUCUGUUUGACGUGUACCACACCAAGAAGCAGCUGGCUAACUUCCAGGAGAUGCUGGAGAACAUCUUCAUGCCUCUGUUUGAAGUCACCAUAGAUCCUGGGAGCCACCCAGAGCUGCAUCUCUUCCUGGAACACGUUGUGGGCUUUGACAGCGUGGACGACGAGUCUAAACCCGAACACCACAUUUUUAACUUGGACAGUCCCCUCCCUGCUGACUGGACAGAGGAGGACAACCCCCCCUACUCCUACUACCUCUACUACACCUACGCCAACAUGACUGUGCUGAACCACCUGCGACGACGACGAGGCUUUCAUACCUUUGUUCUGCGACCCCACUGUGGAGAAGCAGGCCCGAUCCACCACCUGGUGUCAGGCUUCAUGUUGUCAGAGAACAUUUCCCAUGGACUGCUGCUCAGAAAGGCUCCUGUGCUUCAGUAUCUCUACUACCUGGCUCAGGUUGGCAUUGCCAUGUCCCCUCUGAGCAACAACAGCCUGUUCCUCAGUUACCACCGCAACCCUCUGAUGGAGUAUCUGUCCAGAGGCCUCAUGAUCUCUCUGUCUACCGAUGAUCCCCUUCAGUUCCACUUCACUAAGGAGCCACUGAUGGAAGAAUACAGCAUCGCAGCUCAAGUGUGGAAACUGAGCUCCUGUGACAUGUGUGAGCUGGCAAGAAAUAGUGUCCUGAUGAGUGGAUUUUCCCACAGAAUUAAGAGCUACUGGCUUGGCCCCAGUUACUAUAAAGAAGGUCCUGAGAGCAACGACAUCCGCCGCACCAACGUUCCCGAUAUCCGCGUAGCCUAUCGCUUCGAGACCCUCACCGAGGAGCUUCACCUGAUCACCCAUGCCGUGCGGACCGAUGAGCUGGACGCCAUCGACGAGGAGGACACGCUGACCAUGGGCCCCGUCUCAGGAGGGCGCUAAAAUCCCCACCUCCCCUCCACUCUGCAGCCCACUCAGCAUGCCACUGAUAAGAUGAUGCGAGAGAAAAAUCUGCUGGCCUUUACACACCACUGUAGAAGUCUGCUGCGCUGCUGUAGCUGUGCAGCAAAUAAAAAGCCAAGGUUUCAGAGCUGCCAACAUUUUUAUUCUAUCAAUCCUUAAUCAUGUUUGGGUUCAAAACAGUCCAAUUACUUUAAAUUUCCCAUUUUCAGAACUUUAAGCUUCUUCUCUCUUACUCUCUCACACAUGUUGAUUUUUUUUUUUUUUUUUUAAGAAGAAUAACUUUAUCUAAAGUUAUAGAUUUUACUUGUGUGCAACAUUUUCUGUAGUUUAAGAGCUAUAAUUUACUAAAUUGCAUUUUUAUAGUGAAUCUCCUUGGAUUCAGAAACAUUCCUUAAAGCAAACGUAAAUAUUCCCAGGAAUUCAUUUAUUUGUUGUUAUAGUUUUGAUGUAGCAGAGAUAAUAAAGAGCACAAACAAAUGUGGAUGAACGCUCACUGCAGGCAUUGUUGGGGCUGGAUCACAUCAGUUUAGUUCUUUGCAUGCACUAAACUCUUCAUAAGCACGAAAACAAAGCCUUCCCUGUGCCUUUCCGUCGUUACUUAGAAGCAGUGCAUGUCUUUUUCUUUUUCCUUUCCAUCCUCUGUGGGAAUCUCCACACCAGGCUUGCUGAUGGAGCAGAAACCAGCCUGCAGAGUCACAGCGUGAAGAAGCUUUAUAUCUCGGUCUCGAGUUCUCUCCUGCAUGCUGGCAUGACUGACGUAUGCAAGGACAGAAAAAACCCUGUUUACAUCCAGCCCUGAGUCAAACUCUGCAUGGUUGAAUUGAGCAACUGGUGCAGGGAUAUAAGGAAGACUGUUGCACGUUUCCGUAGUGGGGGUUUUCUAACCCCAUGAAACCAGGAAUGGUUGCAUUUUUUUACAGCACACCUUCCUUUUGUCACUCCACAUUAUCCUGCCUCUCAUCAGACUUUGGGGGUUCAGGUUUAACCAGCAGAGGAAUCGGUCAGAACACAUUUGUAGAGUAUGCAGAUGUUUAUGUGUUUGUUUUGUACGAAUCCAACCGUUGAAGGAUGCGCUGAAGCUGUCUACCGAACUCAGAGGACUUUGUGGUUGUUAAGAGUUUAUGUUUUUUUAUAGCUGAAAUAGAAGUAUGACCAUUUUGUAAUACUCUUGAUGUGAAGGAGAACUUAAGAUUUUUCGUUAUUUUUUAUUUUGUCUUUAAUAUUAAGUAAUGAAACAGUAUUUUAGCUCUGCCUGUUAAGUACUGUCAGCAAAUGAUACCCCAUUAUACAUUUUGUGUUUCAAUGACUUACUGUUUCUGUGCAAAUACGUGACGUCUCCUCUUUCUUUUAAAGUAGCAAGAUAGACACCAAAGCACACCUUUAAGUAUGCAUACCGUUAGCCAGGGAGUUUUUCCCCAGAUAUUAUCUGAUGCAGAUAUUUGUUAGCCUCUUGAUUUUUUUUUUUUUUAGCAGUUUGUUCUUUGAUCUUUCGAGAAUCAGCUCACAAAUGGUUUCCAAUUUUAGAAAUACUACUAAUGCCAUUGAUUUGCUUCACCCAUACAAUAUCCAAACCUUUACAAUUAAUUAGUAAAUUAAUUGUAAAUAGUUUCCUCAAUAUUUGAAGAAUUGAUAGUGAUAUAUAUUAAGUAAUUUAUUUAUAGUAAUAUAAUUUCCCCAGUAAAUAGUAAGAAAAGCAAUGUCAUUCUAUAUUGUCUCAGAGAAACCAUACAGUUAAUAUUCUUAUUCAACUCUUUAUGAUUUACUGUUUACUUUUACAAUUUAACAUAGUUUGAUUCCGUUCUGCUUGCUUUUUUUGAAAUGAUCUUUUAUUUUAUCUAAAUUGUGUUUUGCUUACAUGUCAUCGUUUUGUAAGUUGUUAAACAGUUUGGUUCAUGUUCUGCUCAAUCUGACUCCUGUUGAUUCGUAGCCUCAUCAUUGCUUGAGCAUCUGAGACUGAUGAAGCUCAUCUGUCAGAAACUGAAUAAUAACAAUAAAGCAUGU